AUGGAUGCACCGUUGUUGGCGUCGACAUUUUCAACUGCUCCAGAUCUGUCUGGGACCAUAGUUGAGACAUUAACUCAACCACCCUUCUCGGUUGACUCUUUGAGAACGUUGAAGGCAGCGGUUGAUGAUGCCGAGUUGUUGGGAGAAAUGGUGGAUGCUUGUGCUGUCGCUAUGGGUGCUGUAUUGGAUGAUGAUGCCGAAGCCGAACAGCCUCAGGCUGAUGUUAUCGCUGUGAGACUGAGAAGAGCAAGACUCAGAGCGGCAUUGAUUGCCGCUGCUUCUCAAAAAGAGGAUGUGGUGAAGGCGAAGUUCUCUGUGGAUACGAUACUCGUGUCAGCGGCACAGUUAUUUGGUUGUUUACCCAAUAAUGAACUGGUUCCUUUUCCGCAUGUUGCGGAGGUCUUGUCUCGAGAUAGAUAUUCAUUUAUUGAAUUUAAGACCUAUCCGGAGAUCACUGCGGCGGCCAGCAAGUCUGUUAUACAGUUUACUCCAGAUGGUCAAGCUGUGGAGACUGCGAAACUUCCCACGGGGAAACCUCCUACUACCUUUGAGCAAUGGCUUCCAUUGAUGUUGCGGUGGGCCUUCACUAUAUAUGUUCUUGAGGGCAAGGGUGAUUUGAUACAUGUCUGUGAGUAUGCUGCGAGGAUUGCUUCAAUAUCAAAUAAACACGGUUUUGGUAAAGCACAGGUGUUUGAUCGACGUUAUCGUCAGCGAAUGCUGUUAUGCAUGCGACGGUUGCAAUCUUCCCCUGCUCGUGGUGAGGUCAAGAUGGAAGAUCAUCAGGCAUUCUCUACCUUUCUGGCUAAGAAUCUAGAGCCUGAACUUCUUGCAGAGGUGUGUUUGAACACUUCCCCAAUGUUGGGGAAACCGAAUGCACUUGGAGCGAGAACUAUGUCAAAAGUGGUGUGGGAAGGUACAUGUAGGUUUACUAAAGAAGGCUGCCCAUAUAAAGAUUGCAAGUUUGCUAAGCAUUUACCGCCUACUGCUCAGCAAAGGAAUACUAAUAUGGGUAAAAGAGUUAUUAACAAUCAGGGGCAGGGCCCGAGAGAGAAGGCAGCUAAACGAUAG